CGUGCACGCGCGGGGAAGGGGUUUUUAGCGGUCGUGCACGCGCUCGCGCCGCCUUAGUCACUGUGAGAGCGGUUUGUGUGUGUGUGUGUGUGUGAGAGAGAAGGAGCGGAAACUCUCACUUUCUACUAACAAAUAAACUGAAAAACAAAACCAGAGCAGCGGCGGAAGUGAGAGUGUGCGGAGUGUCGAGUCUCAUCAGUGUGGAGUUCUGAGGAAAUCACGCGCAUUGAAGAUGUCUCAACCGAACUACACCGGAGUGUAUCACUGGAUCUCUCAGGACAACUUCGAAGCCUAUCUGGCCGCUCUAGACAUUAACGUAGCCUUGAGGAAGGUGGUGUGUAUGCUGAGACCCAGUAAACACAUUGAACACGACGUUAACUCGGGACACAUGAAGAUUAAAACCUCCACCACCUUUAAGAACUUUGAUAUGGACUUCACUCUGGGGCAGGAGUUCACCGAGGACCUGGGGCCCGUUGAUGGCAGGAAGUGCCAGACCACAGUGGACUGGGACGGUGAUAAACUGGUGUGUGUACAGAAAGGAGAGAAAGAAGGACGAGGAUGGACACACUGGCUGGAGGGAAACUUACUUCACCUAGAGCUGCGUGUGAAUAAUGUUGUGGCUAAGCAGGUCUUUAAGAAAGCAGAAUGAUCAACUGGUUCCAGGGACACUGUGGGAAACCAGGGAGAUCCCAGCAGAUCCCAGGCCCUCUUAUAUAAUCUGAAAGUUAUUUUAAUGAGUGAAAUUAAAGUGAUUGAUUUUAGUAAAGAUGUAGAAACUUUAAACACUAUUAGUGUGGAGAAAUUCCACUAGUGCUGUGUUUCUCCUCGCGCUCCUCUCUGUCCUGCUCUCCUAACAUACUAACACUAACUCUGAGGGAGAAGGGGAGUGAAGGAUGACUGAAGUUCCGUCAGAGCUGUAGUUCUCCGGUUUAUCCACUGGAGGGCAGCAGAGUGAUGCGGAGUCCUGUUUUCUCUUCAGUAAAUAUUAAUUUCCCCUUCUGACUUGAUGCUUUUUCAAAUACUGUAAUGUCCUGAAGGAAUAAAGUGAUGAGAUUUACACCUCCCA